AUGCUGGAGAACCUUGUACUUACAUCCUCGUUGGGUUGUUGGCAUGGAAUGAAAGAUGAAGCACCUUCUGAACAGAGCAUUUCUGUACAAGCAGUGUCACAGAUCAGGACUCUUAAGGCAGAUUGGUCUUCCCAGAAAGCCCACACCUUUGAGAUGUGUGCCCCAAUCUUGAGAGACAUUUUGCAUUUAGCUGUGCACCAGGGCACGUAUCUUGAGCAGAAAACAUACACAUGUGGGAAACAGUUCUUUGUUACUGCCAGCCUUCAACAGGGGCAGCACGAGAAACCCAACAGAAGUAACAUGGACAGAGCAUCGUUUAUAAAGGGCUACACAGUCCAUGCAUCAGGGAAAUCCGUUACAUGUGAGGAGAUUGGGAAAGACUUUUUAGCCAGCAUGGGAUUUAUCUAUCAACAGCUCACUUACACCAAGGAGGAGCCAAACAAUAGUAACACGUGUGAGUCUGUCUUUCACUGUGGAAAAAGUCAUCACAACUGGGGAGAAUGCAAGAAAACCUUCAGCUGCACAGACACACUUGUUCAGGACCAGAGAGUCCUUGCUAGACUCUUUGGGCUUUAUGAGCUCAACAAAUGUGGGAAAGCCUGCACCAGAAGACGUAAUCUCACUCAGCACCAGGAAGUUCACAGUGAAGAAAGGCCUUAUGAAUGCAAUGAAUGUGGUAAAUGCUUUACUUACUACUCCAGCUUAAUUAUACAUCAGAGAGUUCAAACUGGAGAAAGGCCUUAUGCAUGUGGUGAAUGUGGGAAGUCCUUUAGCCAAAACUACAGCCUCAGUAGCCAUAGGAAAGUUCAUACUGGAGAAAAGCCUUAUGAGUGCAAGGAAUGUGGGAAAUCCUUUAGCUAAAAGUCCAACCUCAUUCAGCAUCAGAAAGUUCACACUGGAGAAAGGCCUUAUGAGUGUAGCGAAUGUGGGAAAUUCUUUAAGCAAAGCUCUAGCUUCGGUUCACAUCGGAAACUCCAUACAGGAGAAAGGCCUUAUGAAUGUGGGGAAUGUGGAAUAUCUUUCAGUCAUAGCUCUAACCUCAAGGACCAUUGGAGAGUUCACACUGGAGAAAGACCUAUUGAGUGCAGUGAAUGUGGGAAAUCCUUUAGCUGCAAAUCUAACCUUGUUAAACACCUGAGAGUUCACACUGGAGAAAGGCCUUAUGAGUGUCCACACCUGGUGGUGGUCCACCUCUGCCACCUGACAGGUCCACACCUGACCACACCUUGUCAGGAGCAGGUGGUGGCAGAUCUCCAUGCCCAGGCGAAUGAGUUCCUGGCAGCCGUGAAUGCCCGUAGUACCACUUGGGAGAGCCUACAGUGCCACCGUGGUACCAGGGAGUGGAUCUGGCUCAGACCCAGUGAGGAGGCCUCAACCACCAAGCACAACAGCUAG